GGAGGAAGGAGGUGGCUCACUUUUCACUUCUCUAUGCUCUAAAACAUACUGAAAUCAAAUAUGCACUACCACAGCCACACUGACAUUCUUGAACUGAGAUAACAAAUGACUAAACAAAACCACCCAACAACACAACCACCCCUCUGAAACAAACAUAAAAAUGCAAUUUUCCUCUUCCAUGUUUUCCCUCUCAAAAUCCAACUUCUCUCCGGUUCGCCCCACCCUCUCUCCGGUUCGCUGCGGCAUCCGCGAGCUCCGCCAACGAAUCCACACCGUCCAGACCACUCAAAAGAUCACCGAAGCUAUGAAGCUCGUCGCCGCCGCUAGGGUCCGCCGCGCUCAGGAGGCCGUCGUCAACGGUCGCCCCUUCUCCUCAAACCUCGCAGCAAUGCUGAACGACAUCACCCAGCGCCUCAAAUACGACGACGUUUCCACCCCGCUCACCGAUGCCAGACCCGUCAAGACAGUGGCCCUCGUUGUUUUCACCGGCGACCGUGGUCUCUGCGGCGGUUUCAACAAGUGCGUAAUAAAAAAAGCCGUCACGCGAAUCGAGGAGCUGAAGAAACUCAACCUGGGGUGCGUUGUCAUAAGCGUCGGCAAAAAGGGUAACUCGUUUUUCACUCACAACUGCGAAAAGAAAUAUCCUUUUGUUAAAGUCGACAGCUUUAUCGAAAUUGGAGGUUUUCCCACCGCAAAGGAGGCUCAGGUCAUAGCUGAUGAUGUUUUCUCAUUGUUUGUUAGUGAGGAGGUGGAUAAAGUUGAGCUUGUGUACACUAGGUUUGUUUCACUGGUUAGGUUUGAACCUGUGGUUCAGACUUUGCUGCCUUUGGGGGAGGUUUAUGAUGUGAAAGAUGAUGUUUUUAGGUUGAGUUCUAAGGAGGGGAAAUUGGCUGUGGAGAGGGAUGUUGUGAGGUUGGGGAAAGAGGGUGAGGUGUUUUCCCCUCUUAUGGAGUUUGAGCAGGAUCCUGUUCUCAUUCUUGAUGCCAUGUUGCCUCUUUAUUUGAAUAGUCAGAUUUUGAGGGGGUUGCAAGAGUCUCUGGCUAGUGAACUUGCUGCUAGGAUGGGGGCCAUGGCUUCUGCCACCGAUAACGCGGUUGAAUUGAGUAAAAGACUUUCGGUUGAAUACAACAGGGAGCGGCAGGCGAAGAUCACAGGGGAGUUGCUGGAGAUUGUGGCUGGAGCCGAGGCUCUAACAUCAAUUGACAUAUGAAUGUGACUUGGUUUUCAUUUUCCUUCCAUGGGGGAUCAGUUGUUGGAGCUGAGGUACUAACACUAUUGA